AUGUCCAAAAAUAAGAGCAGCGAGUCAGUGAAGGUGGUAGUCCGAUGCCGUCCUUUGAACCGUAAGGAGGAGUCUAAUGGGUCAGCAGAGGGCAUAGUGCAGAUGGACCUGCGACUCGGGCAGGUGGUGCUACGAAACCCCCGUGCGCCCCCCAGUGAACCCCUGAAAACCUUCACAUUUGACGCUGUCUACGAUGCAAAUUCCAAACAGCGAGACCUGUACGACGAGAGCGUGAGGCCGCUGAUUGAUUCGGUGCUUGCAGGCUUCAAUGGUACCAUAUUCGCAUAUGGACAGACUGGCACAGGGAAGACGUACACCAUGCAGGGGGCCUGGCUGGACCCAGAGAAACGUGGCGUGAUCCCCAACGCCUUCGACCACAUCUUCACGCACAUUUCCCGCUCCCAGUCUGAUAAGCAGUAUCUGGUGCGGGCCUCCUAUCUGGAGAUCUACCGGGAGGAGAUCCGGGAUCUGCUGGACCCCAACCACGGCAGUGCCAAGGCUCUGGAGCUCCGAGAGAGCCCGGAGACUGGGGUGUACGUGCGUGACCUGACAUCGUGUGUAUGCAAGAGUGUCAAAGAGAUCGAAGAGGUGAUGAACGUGGGGAACCAGGCCAGGGCAGUCGGUGCAACGGACAUGAACGAACAUUCAUCCCGAUCCCAUGCCCUUUUCCUGAUCACGGUGGAGUGCAGCCAGCCUGGCCCAGAUGGACGGAAGCACAUCCGAGUCGGACGCCUCAACCUCGUGGACCUGGCGGGCAGUGAACGGCAAGCCAAGACAGGCGUCCGUGGAGAGCGGCUGAAAGAGGCCGCUAAGAUCAACCUGUCCCUAUCCGCACUCGGAAAUGUGAUCUCAGCACUGGCGGAUGGGCGCAGUGGCCACGUGCCGUACCGGGACUCCAAGUUGACCCGGUUGCUGCAGGACUCACUGGGUGGGAACGCCAGGACUGUCAUGGUGGCCACUCUAGGCCCUGCCCCCCAGCACUACGACGAGACUCUCACCACCCUCCGCUAUGCCAACCGGGCCAAGAAUAUCCAGAACCAACCGAGAGUCAACGAGGACCCCAAGGACGCCCUCCUCCGUGAGUUCCAGAGGGAGAUCGCUCGCCUCAGGGCCCAGCUCAACCACAGGAAGGGGCGGAGCAAACACAAAAAGGAGGACAUGGACGGCGAGGGCUGGGAAAGAGACGGGGACGAAGACACAGAGGGCGACGACGAGGUGGAGAAGGAAGCGCGGGAGUACGUGAAGCAGGAGGAGCAGAGGCUGGAGAGGGAGAAGGAGGCCAUCAGGGAAGACCGUUUCCUAUUGGCUGAGGAGAAGCAGAGGCUUCUGGGAGAGAAGGAGAGGAUGAUGGGGGAUCUGAGGAAGGAGCAAGAAGCCACAGAGCAGCUGACAGCCAAGUACAAGGCGAUGGAGAGCAAGCUGCUGGUUGGUGGAAAGAACAUUAUCGAUCACACCAAUGAGCAGCAGAAGAUGCUGGAGAUCAAAAGACAGGAGAUCGCUGAGCAGACCCGUAAAGAGAGAGAGAUGCAGCAGCAGAUGCUCGUCCAGGAUGAGGAGACACUGGAGCUGAGGGAGACUUUCACCUCCUUGCAGCAGGAGGUGGAGGCUAAGACCAAGAAACUCAAGAAGUACCUCAAGUUGUAUGCCAAGCUCCAGUGCAUUAAAGCUGAGAUCCAGGAUGUUAAUGAUGAGCAUGUGAGGAGCCGACAGGAGCUGGAACAGACUCAGAAUGAGCUCACCAGAGAGCUCAAGUUUAAGUAUCUGAUCAUAGAGAACUUCAUUCCGCCAGAGGAGAAGAAUAAGAUCAUGAACAGACUGACCUUUGACCCCGAGGAGGACCAGUGGAAGUUCCAGCCACUCGUCCCUGCGGAAAGUAAGUUCUCCCAGAUGAAGAAGAGGCCCGCGUCUGCAGUCGGAUACAAGCGACCCAUCAGCCAGUAUGCCAGGGUUGCCAUAGCGAUGGGACCUCAUUCCAGAUACAGGGCUGAGAACAUCAUGUUCCUGGAACUGGACAUGACUCCUCCCACCAGUGUUUCAUUGGAUCGUUCAUCGGAGGUGGAGUGCAACCAAAGUCCCUCAGCGGACAGUUCACCUACCAAGGACAGAGCCAGUCGUGUCAGAAAGUCUCGCUCCUGGUGCCAGGCCCCAAAAAACAUCACCUCCUCCUCUUCUAAUAUGUCGCUGGCAGCGUGCCACACUGCUGCGCCUGCCGCAGCGCAGUGAAGCGUCAAAGCUUUAGUGAGGAUUGUUUAUUUUUUAUUAUUGUUUCUAUUUAUUUUAUUCCUUCCUCCUCUUUCCCUCCUCUUGCUGUGAGUGAUUAUUGUGUGCCUAUGACACUCCCAAAGACAUCAGCGAGGCACAAAUCGCUCCUGCUGCAUCCUGGGUAAUGGAAGGCUGCUUUAACGGGUGAAAUGGACAAGGAAAUGAACUCAAAAGACGACAGGAAGAAUUUAUGAACCUCAGAAACACCCGAGCCACCCGUUCCUCGGAUGUGAAGACCCACCCUCUCCCUCCUUGCAUGUAUGAGACCAGGAGCCUCGGGUCAUCCUCUUCAUGUUCAACCUACUGACUGCUCAGGCUAGACUACUGUUUGGUGUGUGUGUGUGU